AUGUCGAAUAUUUGCAGGUUGUGUUUACAAAAGGAAGAGAGUAUAAUGAAAGACAAUAUUUUUGACCUUCAUCUGACUGAUACGUUUUAUUGGAUAUAUGGGGUAGAGGUUGAGGUUGCUGAUCCUUUUCCCAAGUCGAUUUGCAGAAGAUGUCAAAACAUAACAAAUUUCAUUGUUCGAAUUCGAAAACAGUUCCAGACGAACCAGUUCAUUCUGAAAGAGAAGAGAUGUCCACCAGACUAUAAUGUUGAUGAGAGCAGCAUCACUAAGGACGUUGGUACAUGUACUGACAACAAUUAUAGUACUGAUAGAAGUAAUAGGAUUCUAAUAUCAUAUGAUACUCUUGCAGAGUUGAGUCAACCAUUUGUUAAAGUCAGGAAAUUAGAAGACACUGACAUUCGUAAGGAGUAUCAGAGAAUCAGCAAGUAUGGUUUCAGAAAAAGGAAAACUUUCCAGAAACGACAGGGCAGUUCCAUACUGAAUGGCGAACCAGGACAAGAUUGUAGGGCUCAGAAUAAGUUCAACAAAAUGUUAACGCCUUCUGUAGUGCCACCUAGUAUGAAGAACUCUUUUGAAAGAAGGGUUGAGGUGAAAACUGAACCGACAGACAAACUCGUAAAUGUUGCUACAAAUACAAAUGCGAAUUCUCCAAACGUAGAGACAAGAAAAAGACCUGUUCUGAUUUCUCGCGCGACUAAUACUAAUAGUAAAAAUAAUGCUGCUGCAGACGCGACUUGUGACGAUGUAACACUAGUUUCUGCUAAUAUUUUCGAACAGUUGUUUUCCCCUGUGAUAAAUAUAAAACGAUUGGAAGACAGUAAUCUCAGUGGGAAUUAUGAGAAAGUCAACGAAACUACUUACAGAUUGAUACCUCCUCAGCUGGAGCUUCAAGGUCAAGACGAAGAUGAAACGAAGAGGUUGAGCUAUAUGGACUAUUAUUACAAAUUACCUACUUCGGCAUUGAAGGAAUUGAUUAUUGAACGCCAUAACGAAUUCAGUGGUGAUCAAAACUCGAUCGCUAUAAAUAAUUGUAAAGAAAAGGCAGUGUCUUUGUUCAAAAUGAAUACAGAUGUGCCUCAACUCGAAGUUUGCGGGCAGUGUAAUCAAGCAUUUAAAACUAAGGACUUGUUGAACAUCCAUCGCCAUUUGAGGCAUAGGAAUUCGAAAACUACAAUCAAGCCAAUUACCAAACCUCGUAGGCGUAGACCGCGGCUCACCUAUAAGUCUAAAAAGUCUAAAAAUAAACAAAUUCAGCCCAAAAAUGAACAGCAUCAAACAGUGACAGUUGCCGAGCCCACAACGAACAGCAAAAUCGGUUCGCUACGACCAAAGAUUACCGAUUUAUUUUCAUCUCUCGAACAUUCGAAAUUCAGUCACAAACAACUGUGGCUCGACGAAACUCUCAGCGAGGAUCAAUGGAUUGCCAAUAAUAGAAAAAAUGAACAUUCAACUCCAUCUGAACCUCAACCAAAGACCCUGCAAGCAGCAGCUAUAACUGAUGAAAUAUCUCAAGAUGCUGGUGAAAAAAAUUCCUUGCGCUUCGUGAGACGUUUGGACCCCAAAAUCAACAACUUGAACAAUGCAAAGAAAGAAUCUACCAAAGAAUCGCCAAAUGGGACACGACAAUUGCCUUUUCUGAAGUCCUAUCUGAUCGAAGAUAUACCCGAAAAUAAACCUUCCGAGAUUCCGAAGUAUAACCUACCGCGAUACUCUAACCCCACAAAAUAUUCGGCUGUCAAGAAAUCUGCUCAGCCCAGUACCUCGAAAUGUUCCCCAGCGACAAUUAAGUUUGCAAAUAAACAAAUCCCGAGUAUUAGCAACAACUCACCAGGGAAUAGUGCUGAAGCUUCUGCAUCGAACUCAAACAAAAAUAAGAUUCUGAUGACGAAUCGCGGAGUGAAAUAUACCGUUUCCAUAUUGAAACCUGGAAAUAAAUCUCCCACUCCUCCCCCAGUGAUAGAUGGGCCAAUAUUCGGGAUGGAGCCUUCAACAUCCAAAGCUAUAAGAAAAACCACAUCGGGGUUUACGAAAAAUGGUGGCCCAACUUCAAAUUCGAAGGAAAAUUGGCAGUUGGAAAGAAUAACAGUGGAACCGCCGAAACUUUCAUCUGUCUCUACUUCUACUCCUAGUACUUCGAGUGUUCAGCAGGAGAUUGUGUGGUUUCCUGAAAUAAUGGAAGACUCUAGAGAAUUGAGAAACGAAAUGGAAUCCGAUGAAGUUAUCGUGGUGAGUUCGGAUGAGGAGUCCUCUUCUGAUUCCAAUGGAAGAAACUAUCUGAGGACGUUGCGAGAAAAAUUGACUUCGGCUUUGAGUUCACCGAUGAAUCCAGUCGAAGACACUAUGGACGAUAGUGCGACAGUGUUCAUAGCGCAGAGAUUUAGUGAUUUGAAACAAACUCGUACUCAGCUAGAGACGAUGAGAAACAUUCAGACAGCUUUGUAUAGGGAGAUUGAGACUGGUGUAGUUAUGGAUGCGAGAUAUGAUAAGAUUAUGAAUUUGUUGGCGAAAUAA